UUUGACGGUUGUCAUUCAAUAAUUUUGAAAAAUAUGUGUGAAAAUAUCGGGUAAAUUUUCUUGUUUUGAUAAAAAAAUUAAAAUGUUUCCGGACCGGUAUAAGUGGUGCAAUGCAUAGCUUAGCAAACCUGAACUAUCUAGUAAACGCUAAUGAGAUCCCAACAUUUCCAAGCGAUAGAGUUCAAGACUUGAGACGAGCAAUUCUUGCGCCGGUUUUUUACAGACCAAAUAUCCAACAAACCUUGCAAAGAAUUAAUUUUAGAUUCCAUAGAACUUGCAGCUUUUAUAAUUUAAUACGGGAGUGUAAUGUAGCGGAAGGUCAGACGCUGCUCAUAUUCUGGGGUACGAGGAGUUCGGAGAGCAGGCUGACUGUAAGCAUGUCUGCGUCGAGUUGCUCGUCACUUCACAUGCCCCCUAGCGCACAUGUUGCUAAUACCACCGUUCAUCGCGACAAGGAUUUGCGCUCCACAGCUCAACAGACCGACAUUAGCUGUCGUUCUCCGGAAAUAGGAUCACCAGUAAACCUGACGGAAAGCGAGGAGCAGCGUUUGAUUCGCGAGCGCGUGGCAGAUUCCCUGACAUUCUCCUCGCCUGCCUCUUCCCUGCUGCCACCGACCCGCCGCUCCGUGUCCAUACUGGGCUCUGUUUGUGCUCUGCUGCUUAAGAAACAGGCUUCAGGCGCCAAGGACGCACCCAGCGUGACCGGCAGCCAGCGCUCGGACAACAUCUGCCGCAUCUGCUUCGGCGGCGAGUCGGCGGAGCGGCUGGUGCGCCCGUGCUCCUGCCGCGGCACCAUCGCGGCGGUGCACCGCUCAUGCCUGGAGCGCUGGCUGCUGCAGGCCGCCACUUCCUACUGCGAGCUCUGUCGCCAUCACUACGUCGUCAGCCGCAGUCACAAGUGGUCGUGGGCGCGGUCGCUGCUGGAGUGGGCGCGCUCGGGGCGGGGGCGCGCGCUGGCUGCCGACGCGUGGAGGGGCGCGGCGCUGGGAGCCGCGUCGGUGCUGGGCACGGCGCGCGCGCUGCACGCGUGCGACGCGGUCUUGCAGGCGGGGGCUAGGCGGGGAGGAGGCGUCGCGUUGGCUGCUAACCUGUUCUCAUCGCUACUCAUUGGUAUUAUUGGCGCUCUCAACGGCUUGCUAACCACUUGGAUGCUCCUCAAGAUCCAAGAGCACCAGAUGUCGUGGCGUGCGUGGCGCGAUAGCACGCUGCACGUGCACGUGGCCCUCGGAGACACGACGCCCACGCAAAGCACGGCGUCCAUAGCCACCGUGGUCGGGGACUCCCCUGACGCCACGGCGGACCGGGCUACUAACAUUGCUGACCCUUUUAUGGUUGCACUUCCUUAUACCUUAUCGGAACCUUAACAAAAACCCAAUAAAACCACCCACCUAUAGAAUUUUUCCAGUUUUAUACUCUCUUCUUAUUGACUGCCUUGGUUCUAUAUCCUGAGUGAAAUUUUGGCUUUUAUGCAGGUUUUGAAAAAUUAAAUUAAUAUAGCAACAAAUAAGAUUCAAAAAUGUCGCAAAUGUUUGUAUAUCUAGUCAUAUCUACAUGUGCCUUCAUAAUAAUACUUUUUGCAGUUGUAUUUACGCGACACAUUACUGUUCCAUCAUUUUGCUAACUAACCACUUUUAUUUAUGUUUCUUAAAACUGGAAAUAAAACACCGAUUAAAAAUUGUUAAUCAUAAUAUUUUAUUUCAUUAUAAUUAUAUUAUUAUUAUCAAUAUAAAUUAUGUUUUUAAAUUAUUAUAGUCAAUUAUAUAAAAUUAUUUCAGUAGGUAAUAGAGACAAUUAUUAUUUCAAGCAAUUAAAUAAAACUAGUACGUCAACAUUGUAAUAGAAUAUUGUUAGAGAAGUAAUUCGUAGUUGAAUCGCUAUGACAUUCAAAUAAUAACUUCAAAGUCAAACUUGACAGUUAUUGUAUGAAGAGGUGUCAAGUUUGACCUUUCAAAUUCUUUUUCGCGGGUAGUUACGAAUUUAAUGCCAUAGACUAGGGAUCUGCACAGAGCGAUUUGAGGAUGCAUCUUGCUUAUAUAGAUGAAUAAGUGAAGAAGAUUCUCGCUUCGAAGCUUACAGUGCGUCGUGUUUAAACAUAUUUAUAGCGAAUAUAAUACCAAAUUAACGGCUAUGACCUACAAAUACAAAAUACUUAUAUCAUUCGAAAUAUAAACCGUAGACAGAGAAAACUAUAGACUUAACUUCCAUAAGAAAGACGUAUUUAUAGAAAUGUUUAAUUAGGAAAAG